AUGGCGUCACAAAAGGCCUCCGCGUCCAGCACCAAGGUGUCGUCCGAGGACAUCAUCUCGCAGAAGACUGACCUUUGCAUCAGCAAUGCAGUAGUCAAGACCGGUAUCGGAUUCUCUGCCGGUGUCGUCCUUUCUGUCCUCCUCUUCCGACGACGAGCCUUCCCAGUAUGGCUCGGCACCGGCUUCGGUCUUGGUUCCGCAUACACUGAUUGCGAGCGCUCGUUCAACCCUGUCGCCGUGCCAGGCGUCCGCGUCGUUCCAUCCUCUUCCACCACCUCGGUUUCGGCCACCAGCUCGGCACCCCAGACUACUUUCGAAAAGAUCCAACAAAAGGCGGGUGAAGCCUUCUCUGCUGCCAAGACGCAAGCUUCCGAAGGUCUCGACAAGGCGCAGGACAAGAGCGCUCGCGUGGUUGAAAAGGCGGAACAGAAGGGCCAGCAGGCUCUCGACUCGGCCAAGGCUGAGGCCAAGAAGCUCGAGGACAAGUACCGCGUUCGCUCGAUGCUCGAGACUCCGACCACGGCGGCAACUCAACGCAUACCGGGAUCUGACUGCCUCGCCUGUCGAUUGACAGGCUUUGCUGCCAUGUCAGGCCUCGGCGCUUACUCAUUUGUGGAAGCCUAUCGCAUGGGCACCUUCCGCCGCUCUCCAUUACCGAGUGGGGUCAAAGCGAGGCCAUUGUGGGGCGCGACUUUGGUCGUCUUUGGCGUGGGCUGUAUUGGCGCAGGUGUUGUACGGCUUGGCAUGUGA